GUUGAAUAGGAACAAGGAGUGAAGUUUGAAAAGCAUUGAACGCUCUUACUUACUAUAACUGAACUUGUUAAUCUAUUUUUCGCAGAAUAUUAUGUCAAAUUUAUUAAAUACAAUCCCUAAAGAAAAGAUGAUUUGUCGAAUGCAACGUAGUGCAAAAAGAAGAUGUGCCGUAUCGUUAGCAACGGGACACGUGAAAACCAAAACGCUAGAUUUUGCACAAGCAUUUCAUCACUGGGAAAAUUCAGUAUCAUUUAAUCAAGGAGUGGAUGCAACGAAUUUUUGCAAAGGCAGUAAUGUACAACUUCACAGUAGGAAGUUAAAAGGGUCUUCCAGUACCCAAAACAUUUCUACAAACGUCAGAACAAGCUCAUCACGGGGUUUAUCAAUUGUGUCAAGUUCAGCCUUAUCGUAUUUGAAAACAACUUUCUUCAUUCUUGUCAUUCACCUUACACUUCUUCAAGCCGUCAGCUUCGCCGCAUCUCAUGAUGGCGAAAUAUCUCGCUUAUCGUCUACUGGGAAAAGUUAUAUAACUGUCGCAUUCUCGAGUGAUGAGAAAAUCAACAAGGAGAGAAGUUACCUGCAGCAGAUAGCGAGACUUUCAAGCCAAGUAUCGAAGAGACAAACGCGCUCCGUGCAUCAGUGUCGACCUGAAGUUCAGCAAUUCUCUAACCUGGCUAAUCAUGCUUAUCAAAUGGCGAGACUUGGAUUCGAGAAAAUAUUUACGAAACGGCACGCAUUCAACCAUUUGCUUGCAACAAGAUCUUGGGAGGGUUACUGCCUUCACACACAUGAACAAUUGAAAGAAGUUUUUUGCGACAGCCACAGAAAAGCUGGUCUUUUCGGAAAACACACAGAUGAUCUGCAAGCCUCGAUUCGAUCAAUGUCCAUCCUAUUACAGCAAGAGAUGAAUUCCGUGAAACAACAGUACACGAGCUGGUCUCGAGCAUCCUGUACUCAUACAACGAAUUCGGGCUACACAGAAUUAAGGCGGAAAAUUUUGAACAAACUGCAUAGUAUUUAUAUUAGCGUACAGAAUUACUGCCUGGCGGACAUAUAAUCUGUAGCACACUCUCACCUUUAUUUCAUCAAAUAGUUCCUUCAACAUAUUGAAAAACUGGCUGCGCCGUUAUCGAUCCCGCUGUAAUGUCUAUGCAAUACUAGCCACUUCGUUGUAUAGGAGGAGAUGCUAAGCACGAUUGUUAUGUUUAUAAUACAAAGUAUUCUGCACUUUAUUAUUUGAUUCAUUGAUUUUCAUUUCGUUGUCUAACCGUACAAAAUUUAUUAUAGUUUUAUGUAACUGGUUUACAUUUAUAACAAAUUAUGUUUUUUUUCUGUCCCAAAAUGUUUUUUGUGUUAUUAUAGUCCACUGUCUGAAAUGUUUCAACUAGAUAAAUGUCUACUCUUGAACGUCAACACAAAAUCAUUUCCAUCGACUAUGACGCAAUAAGUUCACACUUUAAUAAAAAGAACAGUGACAUUAAGUUUCAAAAAUAUAUAAUAUAUGUUGCAUAACACAUAUUUUUACGUUUGGCUUUUCAUUUUGUUCAAUAUUUGUUAUAUGACUCAAUUAUCAGACAUUAAUUUCGAUACACUUGACUAUAUCUCAUAUUUAUAUAUCAUUAUUAUUAUUCGUUCCUUAAUUUAUAGUGUUUUCCUUGCACGGAAAUAAAUGUCGACAAUUUUGAA